UCAAUCAAUGCGUACUAUAUUACGCAUCAUUGUUAACAGGUUGAUGUGGUACAGUUUGGUAGCACAGGCACACAAUAUAGCGUUAUCAGUUUAAAAUUCACCUCGUUCACGUUGGUAACUCUGUUCCCAAUGACGUCAUUGUAAAGUUCCGAAAUUGAAAUCAAUAAGUGGUGUGCAAUGUUGUGUGCACAUGACAGUCGGAACAAAAUGGUGAUUAUGUCAAAACAUCCUGAUAGAGCAUAUCGUUUUUAUUUGUUAGGAACGACAGUGUGAAUGUUUGUCGAAGAAGAUGGCUCGGAACGCGAAGAAGAAGUUGGCGAUAUUCGCUGGAACAUCCAAGUGUUUAAUAUACGCAGAAGCAAAAUAUUGUGCCUCUGAAACGCCUGGAGAAAUAAAAUAUUAUGAGUGUUCCAGAACUGAAUAUUGUUGCGGUAUUGGAUGCUGUGUAUCACCUGGCUUGCACUUCCACCAUUUAUGGUAUUAUUGGAUAUUAGUUAUAAUAAUGUUCCUGGUAUGCUCCGGCGGAGGAUGGUGGUAUCGAUAUUGGUUACAAGGUAGAUACCGAGCGGCUACAUCAGCCAUUCCGGCCAGAACUUCCAAUCCCCGUGGGCAAAAUCCUCUUCGAGGGCCGACUUGCCAGGGGCAAAGAGCUCGUAUCACUUAUAAUUCAGCACGGAAUACCGUGUUGCUGCAUCGAAUGUGGAAAGGUCCUCAAAGGAACGGAACGGUGCCCGUAUACAAUGGUAACGCAACAACGUCGACGAAUUAUCAGAACGUGAACGUCGUGUUGAACGAUGCGAACUGUCCAUAUUAUCAAUUGUACGGUCCGCCUCCAAGCUACGAGACUGUGAUAGCACAAACGCGUGGUAAGAUAUCAAAUCCAGCAUCAUCGCCGGAUUCGAACACGCAGACUACGAUGCAACCGAACAUGCAGUCGGCUGCGGGGGUCGCGGCGAAUUCAAGCGUGCCACAAUGUUUCUCUUAUGCUUGCAACUCUUCGGCAAGAUUGAAUAACACAGCAGAACAAGAGGCGCAGUAUCGUCACGGUAAUGUGGCAUCUCGACAGCUCGAUAAUCCGGAAUGCGUUCCUCUGCCGCAUUUCCCGCAAUACUGCCUCGGUAUGGACGGGCCGAUCGGUCAGAACGUGUGCGUACCUUUCACCUACCAGGAACGACCGCCGGCCUUCGUUCCCGAGGAUAGCUUUAAUCGAAUUUAUCAAGCAACUUCCACGAAUUACGUUCCGUAUCCGAUGGAGAAGCCGUCCGACGCACCGGAUCCUGAGAAUCCGGGCUACGAGAUAUCGAACGCGAAGAGAUACAGCACAAUGGUGAACAUCGAUUGUACACCGGGUAGCAGUAAGGACGAGAGUGUUUGGAAGAGGAGCGACCGAUCGAUCUCCAAGAUACACGGUAGCAAUAAGGUGGAAAGAGGUGGCAGCGAAAAGGUCGAAGAAAAUCGAGGACAAACGCGUGAAAGUAGGUCAGAGACGGAGGCCAGUUUUUCGUCGGCGUUCAAUACCACCGAGGAUUCGAACCGUACGAACGAUUCCAAGUCUACCGUCGACUCGCCGGAAGACUUUGAAUCGGAAUACGCGAAGAGCGAUCGCGUGUACGGUGGUUCUUUGAGAGCGAUCGGUAGAUACGCUGGUCAAGCGAAGCGCAAGGAAUAUCCAGCGGAGAACGCUUUGUCGAAAAUCAUGCCCCAUUCCUGCGACGGGCUGAUCAAUACCGAGCCAGCAGCAACGGGUGCGAAUCGUCGUAACGCGAGCUCGUCGCAGGGCUUGAAUACGGUUAACGUUAGUGCGAAUUCUUUUCAAUCGAAUCCAUCCAAUAAUGUGAUAUUAGCGCGUUUCGACGCGAACGGCUCGUCCUCCUCGACGGAGAAUCUCGAUAACGAGGCUGGUCGUUCGCGUCUCGUUAAUACUAGUACAAGUACAAAUUCUGAUCUUGAAAGUAAUCAUAGAUUAGACCGAUCGAAAUCGUUGGACUGAACACUGAAGACACUUUAUCAUUAUUACUAUUAUCAUUAUUUUCAUCGUUAUUCUUAUUACUAUUACUAUUACUGUUAUUAUUGUCGGUACACAUAGCGCUUAUUCUUGUAUACACCUUAAAACCGAUUCGUGUUAGCCGCGAACGUUCAUUCUGCCAAGUUUACACCCGUUAAUCGAGGUUACUAAAACGAACGCGGUAUUAUUUUUUUAAACGAUUCUUCGAUGCCGUGGUAUUCGUCGAUCGCACGGUACAUCAAGAAAAUCGGACGUUUUAACGUCCGUCGAUCGCGUUGACUAUUUUUCCGAUCUAUCCAACUGCCCUCGAGACGCGCAUCGUUUCUCCCAAAGGCACCGUUUUGCAUUCCCGUUAAUUCUAUGAUAAAUUAAGAUAAAAGGUGUCUUUGCCGCGUUACGUGUCUGAUAUUUAUCACCGAUGCAAUUACCUUUCUAUUCGCGUUCGAACAAGGGGCCCACGGGAUCAUUUAACACCGUCUCAAUUUGUCCGGAUUACUUAUCGAUUACGGAACAAUUUGUUAUCAAUCAGCAGCCGUUGACGCGACACAAGCGUAGCUGAACGAAUCGUGAAUAUGUAUUUUUGUACGCGUCCUUAACCGUCGGAUAUCCGUUUAGAAACGAAUACUUUAUUAUGGUUAUUUUUAAUUAUAGAAACAUAUACGUGUGUCGUCUCGUUCAGUUUUGUUGUACGAACGGGCUCGAAUCGAUUCCAGUUACGCACAAAAAGCAAAAGCGUUGUCCGACGCUGUACUUGAUCGUCCUUACAUUAAUAUCGGUAUGCCAAUAAUAACUCGUUAGCGCACCUUUUUCUAAUCUUUGCACCUCGUCGAACCACAUCACUUUACGAACCACACAACUUUUCAAUAUAAUUCUAAUUACCUAAUAAAUCUAAUCGAUAGGUGAAAUUUUACCGAUCGUCUCGUGCGUCGUAUUUUCUAUAACAAAAGUAUUUAAGAGUAAAAAAAAAAGAGGAUGAAAUGAAAUGAAAGAAACAAACGAUGUGUUCGACGAUACUGAACCGCGGGUUUUCUCUUCCAAAGAUGAAAUCGUGUACUUUGCUUUUCAGUUCGAUCGAACACUUUAAACGUUUUACCGAUUUCUUAAUGUGCACGUUUAUGCAGUUUACGAUAUUUACGAGGGUUCGAACGAUUCCAUUCGAAGCGCAGCGACCCUAUAUAUGUAUGUUAUUAAUUGUAAGGUGUGUAAGUGACGAGAAGGUGUCCGGUCCGAUCUGUCCGUUAUUAUACUUAUUACGAUUUCGGCGCGAGAUAACGAAGAUAAGCGAAGUGAAAAUGCUGUAUUAAGGACGAAUAAACCGCAGCGGAAAGAGA